CUGUGGUGUCAUGAAUCGCGAUUUACAUCAUUAGAUACGCUAUUCUUAAACAUCUAUCUUUUUUUUUGGACCAAUACGAAGCUCUCCAUCUGAAGGACGAUCUGAUCCUGGAUGCGAUAUUCGUACGGUUCUCACCAUAUUGGCCCGGCUCUGAAUCUGUCAGUUCCAUGUACAUACACCGCUACCUAUUGCGAACUCAGGAAACAUCACAAGCGUACAAACAUGGUUCUUCAGCAACAUGCCAGUUCUCUCUUAUCCCGGGGCCCCUGGCGGCCCUUCUUCCAAUCCCACAUAUCAAUGCUCGCGUCUCCAGAAUUUUCUCUGGCCACUAUCUAUAGAGACAGCAAUGGUUCCGUGUACCCUCGCGUGCGUACGUGCAUAUUCCGUGGGUUUUGGACAGAACUUGAUUUGCGAGAGGAGGCUAGGAAACUGCUUCUGGAAGACGAGAAAGGAAGCAAGGAGGGUGGGCUAAACCCCACUGUAUUCGAAAGUGACUUGUUGACAUUUACCACCGAUGUCCGAAUGGAAAAAGUUGCUCAGAUGGAGUCUUCCUAUGACGGAUCCGAUUGGGGAAAUAGAGAUAGAGGCGGAGGCCCCAUUGAAGCCGUCUUCUGGGUCAAAGAUGCGAUGACGCAAUGGAGGAUUAAGGGUAGGUCAUUUAUCAUUGGAAGCGACAGCCGUGAUGCCGGUGAAUUGAAGUCGCGAGAAAAUAUACGGCAGUGGGUACGACGCAGAGAGGGCAGCGCAGAUGAUGAUGUUAAGAGAUGGACUUGGGAGAAGGAGAUUACAGCUAAUUUUGCGAAUCUAAGCCCCACGAUGAGAGGCUCCUUCAAAAACCCGCCACCUGGAACAACACGGUUGGAGUCAUCAAAUAAUCAUUCGCUCAUGCUAGGUCAAAGAGUGGACGACAUUCAUGAUCCUAUAGCAAGAGCGAAUUUCCGUGUCGUUGUCAUUGUUCCUGAAGAGGUUGAAAGUGUCGAUUUGACUUCUCCGGAAAAUGCAAAGCGGAUGAGGUGGACUCUAACCAGGCAAAUUGAGAAAGCUGAGGACUGUGGCGAAGCUGGUGAUGGAUGUAACCAGGGCACUUGGGAAGUGACUGAACUUUGGCCCUGACGAGCUUGAUCCUCUCAUCGUGUAGUGUUAGCAUGACGAGAGGACAUUCGUAUUCUUCCGAGGAGACGGCUGGAGGAAGUGAAGUGGGAGGAUAUUAACACCUUUCAAUUGAUAUAUCCCCUCUUCUUUACUGUUUUGUUCGAGCCUGGCUACAGAUGACCCCCAUUUCAUCCAACAAAGCAACUGUUUCUGGUAUGAUUCUAAGAUAUCAUCCCGUCAUGUGGUGCGAUCAAAACAAAACUCCGUAUUGCUUUUUCGCCAUUCCUCUCUCUCAUCCUCAUGCAAGCUGAAGGGAGCUUCACUCGUGUUGUCCAAAAAGUUUUAUGGGUACUUUUGUGUAUCAUUGAAUACAUUUCUCAAGCUCUGUUCUACUUAACAAUUUCCAAGCCCAACUCUUUUCACAUCAGAAAAAACCAAGAAGUAUAGAGUCCCUUUAUCAUAUUCCUUUCUUCCUUUCUUUCGUCACCCAACAAACAACCUUGGAAGUGGCAAACCAGCAUUAAACUCCCAACUCACAUUUCUGCCAUCUCUUUUCAGAAGACAAGUGAGAUGCGUUCCGACAAACCCUCUCUCUUACCCUUCACGCAGAUUUAAAAAACCUACAACGGGCUUCUUUCAUAUACGAUAUCUCGCGGAAUUAGACAUCUUGCGUCGCGUUGCGGCCCGGCUUGCAUCUAUCUCCCCUUUCAUAUUACCACCGCAACUACGAGCAGUCACAAAACUUAGGGCCGUCUCCAACGAUUGCAAGCUCAUAUCAGCCAUCUCUUCCCCCAUGCGGCAUUUUAUUCUCUUCUUAAAAAAUCUUUGGAGACCAGGAAUAGUCUACCAUAUCAGGGUAAAUCCACAAGAAGAAAAGACCGACUCU